AAGUCCGUCGAGCGGCUCGCUCAGAGGCCAGGAGGCAUCGUUGGCCACAUGUGUUUUGCGAACUGCUUUCUUGUGAAGAAGGAUUGUCGAAAAUGCGCCGUGUUUACGUAAUGCACGAGAGCGCAACGCUGCGACGAUGUUGCUAGACGUCACGAGUCAAAGAGGAACAAAUCUACGGCGGCGAUACGACGAAUGAGAAGAAACGUUGCACGGCGUACAAGUAUAACCAUAAAAGAAGAUAAAUUCCUCUCGAAGAUAAAACGAGUCUCCCGGUGUUGCACUACUUUUGCCCUACUCGUUACUCGUCUCGGCACGUACGGUACGUACUCGCGAAGGCGUAUUUUGACUCGUUCGGAGAGAAGUGCAAGCGAAAAGAAGGAAGAGCGAUCGUUCGUCGUCGUCGUCGAGCAAGCAGAAGGAAACGCAAGGUACGGCAGACCUCGUGGUUCGGAUACGAACGAGAUCUCUCUCUCUCAUUCACUCUUUUUUCUCUUCCUUUCCUUUAUUAUACCUGCUUUUGAAAACGUAAUACGGUUACGAGUCAACGUUGUGCAUUUCAGAGUACGUAGGAAAGCAAACAUCCCUUGGGUAGAAAAAAGAAAAUAUUAUAUAGCAGAUAUAUAGGAGAAUUUUAAAAGGCACGUGGUGGAAGGUUAGAGUAGAGGAAGGGGAAAGAGAGAGGAAGGGAUUCUCGAAUCGUCUCUCGUGGCUACACCGUACCGGUGCUGGCAGUACCCAUUCCGUCCGCAGUACUUUCGCCUCGGUCGAGAAAAAGUCUGGCGAGGAGGUUCCGAGGACGCGCGUGCGCGAGCUCGUACCGGGAAGAGAAGAAGUACGACGCGACGCGACACUACACGGCAUAACAGCGGACGUACAGCAAGGAAGAAAACGACGGCCGCAACCGCGUGGGGGUGUUGGGUGUGUGUCGUCCCUGCGUGCAACAUUUAACAAUCGACGAAUAGAACGGCAGAGAGAGAGAGAGAGAGAGGGAGCGAGCGAGCGAGAGUGGGGGAAAGGCAAGCUAGAGCGCGCGGGUGUCUCGUCGUUCCUAACGAUAUUCCACACCGGCCGAAUACCACCAUGCGCUCGAGGCACGGCACGACGUUAACGCUCCUCGCUUCGUCGAUGGCCUGAGUGAUCGCGGAUACGCUCGUGGUUAGGAUUCUCGCUCUCGCCUUUUCUCUUCGGUACGAACGAGAGGAUAAGUUCGGUGAGUCAUUCAUGAAACCGGCGAGUACUCGUGUUAUCUCACGUUCCUUCGCCGUUGGAAAGUAACGAGUGUUGUUUCGACGAGUUUUGAACGGAAGUGAGAAACGUGAAGGGAUCGAGGGCAGGAGAAGACCCCGCGUAGAGAGACGGACGGACGGACGGACGGACGGGCAGCAGGAGCGGAGGGAAUAAGAGGGAAGAGAGGGACGGACGGACGGACGGACAGCAGAGAGACGGAGCAUAUCGAGGAGGUGGGACCACCCCGUUGCCUCGUGUUUUUGUCUCUCCGCGCGUGCGAUUCAAGAUGGCGGCGAAGGUGGUCAGCAGCGGCGCUCAGGGAAGUACCGAGCGAGAGGAGGGCCCCGGGGUGUCCUACGCCAGCGUAGUCAAUCCGAAAGCAGCUUCGAACGAGACUACUGCCGGCAGAGUAGUGUCCUCGAGCAAGGGGAACAACAAGGAAAAUAUAGGCGGCCAAUUCGCCGCUCGUCAGUCAAACGCGACCGUUAAAGAACGCAUCGUCUCCUCGCAAAAUCUUCCUACCAAGGGUAAAUCGUAUCAGAGAGCUGGGAGACGAUUCGCUACAGCCACGCAACCGCAACAACUUGGAGCGGACAGGUGCCAGAACGAAUUCCAACUUGGCAAGGACGCGUCGGAGAAACCUUCCAUGAGAAAGGAGACCGCGCAAGAGUCCAAAGCUCGAGCCGAUGCGUCCGCUACGGUGAUACCGGAACAAGAAAAAUUGAACAACGGGGAUGUGGGAAGCGACGGAGAGUUUCAAACCGUCGCUCCUAAGAGCGCUAGGAGAAAAGAAAAGUUGAGGGAGCAACAAAGAGAACACAGAGAGCGUCAUCGACAUCGCGACCAUAGAAAUCGACUGCGAGGUCUUAGCGACGACAGUAAAGAGAGGACGACGAAGGAGAGAGACAGAACCGAAAGGAUCGGCAUGGAACACGUUCUUAAUAACAAGGAAGGUAUCAAAGAAAGGGAGACUCGAGAGGAAAACGAAGUCCAAGCGUUGGCUCCAGUGAAGUAUGUGGAGGCUCCUUUGCCAGCCGUCAAUCCUUGGACUAAAACGAAACCUCUUCAAUCUUCUGUUCAGCAACCGGUGGCUGCACCUAGCGCAAGUGCGGUCUCUACGGACAAACCAAGCGUAAAGGAGAAAAGAGUGUUGCAGCCUCAGCAGCAACGCUUGCAACAAGGAACAGUAGAAAAUGGACUUCCCACCGCUGCCGAGCCAACGAUCGUUAAAGUUUUGAAGGAUAGAAGAAAAGUCAACCAAAGGGCGAGCGAUUUCACGGAUAUCGGAGAUUGGCCAACGUUGGGAGCUCAAGAGAAGACACCCGUGACAACUCCGAAACAAAAUGGUGUUGCCGAGCAAAAUAAUUCGAAGGAAAGCAAUGGACAUACGAUCGAGAGUAAAGGAAAGGAAAACAAAGAGCAUAAUCAAUGUCAGGACGACAGCGACGAACACACGGACAGUAGCGAAAAAAGAAAGAAAGUGAACAAACAAAAGUGGGUUCCGUUUGAUAUAGAUAUAACAAAAAAUAGAGGCAAGAGAGAACGCUCGCCAAAAUAUCAACACCAAAGAGAAAAAAAUAACGAAGAUGGAGAAACCUGGCGAGAUAGAGAAUACGAUAGACCAGGAUACAAUUUUAGGGGUGGUCGAGGUGGACGAAGCUUUAGGGGCAGAGGACGUGGUGGGCGUGGCGGCAUGUCUCGUGGUAACUUUAGACAUAGACACGAUUACGAUUAUUCCAAUUAUACCACGGAAUAUGCUCAGAUGCAAAAGUUUGGUCCACUCGAUCCAGCGUACAUGAUGCCAUACAUGGGAACGUUUUACUUUAGUAAUGCUAGUUUCAUCAACAUGGAUACAACGACGCUUAAAGAGUGCAUAAGAAAACAAAUAGAGUAUUACUUCAGCGAAGAGAAUCUGUUACGUGACUUUUUUUUGAGACGCAAAAUGGAUGCUCAGGGUUUCUUGCCCAUCACGUUGAUCGCAUCUUUUCAUCGCGUUCAAACUUUGACGACCGAUGUGUCUGUGGUGAUCGAGGCUAUAACGGAAUCGGAGAAAUUGGAGUUGGUUGAUGGAUUCAAGGUCAGAACAAGGAUCGAUCCAUUAAAGUGGCCCAUCCUGGAUGCAGCUGGGAAUCCCGUUUAUUCCGAUUCGUCCGACGCAUCGGUAUCCUCUCGAAACGAAGUAAUGCAUCCUACAUCCGAGGUUGAAUUUUAUCCAGCUGCGAGACCCUUAUCGUCGAUUCCUGUUCCCCCAGUUCCUCGAAUCCUCCAAUCCAAUUACCAAUUGCUAUCGACAAUAGGAAGAAUAAGCGAAUCCGAGAGUAUCUCAUCCUCUAUGGGCGAUAGUUUGAAUCCGGACGUGCCUGAAUUUAUACCCGUAGACAUGACAAGCAAGCUCACAUUGAGUAAACAAGUAAGUCAACAACGAGAAAACGGUCUAUCGAGAAAAGAUGAAAUAGUCAAAAUACCAAAUUCCGUUCUUCCUGAACCAUCGAGUAACGAAUUGUCUCCACUGUCGACCAAUGAAUCGAGUAGCAGCGAGUCGAUAACCUUGAACGAUAAAACGCACACAGAGAAUUGUGUCCCACCGAAAGUACAAAUCAACGAUGAGAAGUCACUAGCGCCUUCGUCGCCGUCCGAUAACAGCUGGAAAGAGGUAAAAAGGAGAGUGAAACAUUCGCACAAAGAAAAAUCCGAAGAAAAGGAAAAGCCCGGCAUUCAUAAAAACGAGGAAAGAGAAGAAUUGGAUUUCCAAUUUGACGAAGAAUUGGACACACCGCCACCAACUGGACGACACAAUGCUUUUUCCGAAUGGUCGGAGGACGACGAAGACUAUGAAUUAUCCGAUAGGGACGUUAAUAAGCUGUUGAUAGUUACGCAAAUGACUGUUCCGAAUUCGUCGAGGAUACCUAAACACGAGGGUCACGAUCGUACGGGCGACUGGACAACGAGAGUAAAGAUGACGCAAGAUCUUGAACAGGCUAUCAACGACGGAUUGUAUUAUUACGAAGAGGAUCUGUGGAACAAGGAUGGGCAAAGGUAUGGUUCGUCGUCUUCGAUCAACAAUUACAAAACCGUAAACGUCAUCAGCCAAGAGGACUUCGAGAAAAUGGCACCGAAGCCUCCAAGAAAAGCCAAUCCCGAAGUUCCUCCGCCUCCGCCGUCUGCCGUCGAGGACUUGGACAUCUCGCAGUCUCCUCCGGUUCAAGUUCCUAACUCGUCGGAAGGCCCCAGUAAAAGGGAAAGAAAGAACGAAAAGAAUCGUUGGAACGACAAAGCGAAAAAUAGCAGAAGUGGAAGACGUGGAACCGUUCCAAGAUUCUUCGCGGUGGUCAAGGACGAACCAUCGGUCGAUCCCCGAACGCCGCGUAAACGAAAGACUCGUCACAGUAAUAAUCCUCCUGUAGAACAUCACGUCGGUUGGAUAAUGGAUGUUCGGGAACACCGUCCACGUACUUACUCCACGGGAAGUAGCGCUGGAACGAGCCCCAGUGAAAGUUAUCUGGCAAGUAGUUACGGAAGCGCGCCCCAAUCUUUGCCGAUAUUCCAGCAUCCCAGUCACGCCUUGUUGAAGGAAAAUGGAUUUACUCAACAAGUCUAUCACAAAUAUCACUCGCGUUGUUUGAAAGAACGCAAAAGAUUAGGUAUCGGCCAAUCCCAAGAAAUGAACACGCUCUUCCGCUUCUGGUCGUUCUUCUUGCGAGAAAAUUUCAAUCGCACGAUGUACGAGGAAUUCCGAAAUCUAGCCAAAGAAGAUGCCUUGGAGGGCUACCGUUACGGAUUGGAAUGUUUAUUCAGAUUUUACAGUUACGGCUUGGAGAGGAAAUUCAGACCGCAGUUGUACAAAGACUUCCAAAUCGAAACGAUAUACGAUUAUGAGAGUGGACAAUUAUACGGACUGGAGAAGUUCUGGGCCUUCUUGAAAUACUACAAAAACUCUGACGACCUUCACAUCGAUCCGCAAUUACAAGAAUAUUUAUCCAAAUUCAAGAGUAUCGAAGACUUCAGGGUCGUAGAGCCUCAGAUUAACGAAAUGCUCCAAGGAUUCGCCACAAACGCCCGAGCACAAGCAGCGAAAAGACGUAACAGAAGUCUUUCCGAAAGUGGAAGUGGCAGUGGUACCGAUGGUUCUCCGAUAAGUAGAGUUCGACGGCUCUCGGGUGGUUCCAGUACGGUCACUCUACCAACGUCUAAUUCCGACGUUCCUAACAACCAAAAAACACGCGUUGACACGGUCAAUGUGUCACAUUUUCGUAGUAGGGCCGGUUCUUUCGGUUCCGGAAGAAUAGGACAUCCGAGACGAAAGAACGAUUCGGCUUCGUCGAGUAGUCAGCGUGAUCUCAGUAAACAACAACCGAGGAGUAGACAAAAUUCUUGUUCCCUCGCAAAGUCUUACGAGACGAGUAAGGUUCAAGUCACUGCCAGACAUCAGUCCAGUAACAAAAACGAACAGAAGUCUGUAACGAGUAAGGCCGAAGGGAGUUUGUCGGUAUAUCAAAAGUGAUUCGCUCGUUGGUAUCAUCACCUACGAAACAUCGUUUUUGUGCGGAAACAUUGAAGAAGAGACAAGGUGAGGAAAAGUCUGUCGUUUAAAAUGGACUCGUGUAAAAACGUUCGCGAUCUUGGAAAAGGAUGAACGAGAGAGAGAGAGAGAGAGAGGGAUAAUGGUGUUCUCAAAAGAAAUCGUUCAAGGAUGUAAACACGAGAAGUAUCGUCUAUUGAAAGAUCGAUUGUCGUUGUCGGGACGUAUGCUUAAGCCUUAAACCGGUAUUUCAAAGCUCCUCGCAGCGAAACAUCCUGCUCCGAGAAUUGUGCGAAUUAUAAGGUACGUCGUCAGUCGUGAAAAUCUUCUAGAAUUUUAUUUAACUUUUAAGAUGAUAAUUUAACCCAUUUCUCAAUCCUUGCUUAGAGUGACGUAGCUGUUAUCGCGUGAAAGAUUUUUACUCGAUUCCACUAAUUCCUUAGGACUUUCGUUAGAGGAACUGUGAGAACGAAUGAAAAAAUCGAUUGGUAAGAAAGCCAAUCAUAACCGUUUCUGUGAAAGAUCCAAAUCCUCAUUUUGUUUAUUCUCUUGCGUGCAUAAUUAUUUGUCUUUGGUGGAUGAGUAGCUAAAAUUUCUUUUUAAAUCGAUCUUUUACGGACUGAUUAACGCGUUGAAAAUUGAAAAAAAAAAAAACAAAAACAAAAAAAAAGAAAACAAAAAAUCAAAUUUAGUAGCAAGCAGCAACGAUAAAAGGAAACAUUUUGAAGCAGCAGAAGGAGGAGAAAAAAGGAAAAUAAAGAAAUAAAAGAAAUCAAUAGAGUUAUUCGCUAGUGGCAUGGUCGUGUAUUGUGCAUAUACGAUUGUGUAAGGUCUAAGCUUACUAAAGAUUCGCGCGGCUUAAGAUUCGAUGAUAAUGGGCAUAUAUCGAUUAGAUAAUUUAAUGAAUAUCGGCGAGACGAUAAUUAAAUGAAUGUCGUCUGCCAUUAAUAAUUAGCGCUGACAAUAUUUCAUACAAUCAAUUAUGUUUGUUAUUUACGCAUUAAUUGGAUUAAUGAUUAACGCAAUUCAAGUUCUGAUUAUAGUCAAAUUAAUGUAUCCUCUUAUAUAUUUCCAUUGUAUCGUGUUACCAUUUAACAAUUAAUUAAAAUGAUAAACGAAAUUUUUACAUCGACGUUUAUCGUUUUUUAAUUUUGAAAUGGCGAAAGAAACAUUCUUAGGAUGAGAACUUUGAUUGUUCGUUGUUAAGCCAACUUAAUAUUUAAAUGACAAAUUUAAUCCUUGAUCGAAUAAAGUAUUAUCGAUGGGCUGAUAAAUAUAAACGAACGUUGCACUUUCGGUGAAACUUUCGCUUGUACAUAUUUAUCGAACAUAUGCCAUUUUGGAAAGCAACAAAUAAUUAACUAAGAUGGAGAAGAAGCAAAAGAGAAGAGAUCGCAGAGAUUCAUGAAUGUUUCAUCGAAAUUGUGACGCUCGAGCAUCAUAUACGGUGGUAGUAUCUACAUAUUUAAGAACGGUGAUACUAUUACUAUCGCUAUUAUUAUUGCUAGUGCUACUAUUACUACUAUACUAAUAAUAUUACUACUGCUGUUGUUGCUACUAUUACUGUCGUUGCUACAAACAGUACUACAACGGUAACGGUCAAUGUGAAGAUGAAUGAAAUAUUAUGCUAGAACUAAGCUGCUUAAUCAUAACAAAUACAGCAAGAAAAAGGGGAGAUGUAUCGAGGAGUUAUCAGAGUAAUAUUAUUAUUAUUAUUAUUAUUAUUAUUAUAACUGAUAGUCUAUAACGAAAAUUAGGACAAUUAAUUAGAUUUUAUAUGCGAGUUUGAUUUACUGUAUUUAACUUAUAGUGCGUAUUGGAAAAAAUUUUGGUUCUUACGCGAUGCCGCUUAUGAUGAAGAAUAUAUAAUAAUUAUUAUUAUUAUUGUCGUUAAAUGAAAAAGGAAAGAGAGAGAGAGAGAGAGAGAGAGAAAGUUGUAAAGAUCCGAGUAAAAACAACACGUUUUUGAUCAAGGCAGCAUGAAACAAGGAGAAGGGAAAAGUUGUUAGUUUUCAAUCGAAAUCGCUGUUUUUUUUCCUCUUUUUUUUCAAGUAAGCACUGAAAAUGCAUAUCCCGGGAGAAGUUUCCUAUUUAUAUACGAUCUUUUUUUCUUUUCUUUUUUUUCUUGUUCGUCCUAAGAAUUCGCGUGUACAGCGUGAUGUAAAUAGAAUUGCUAGGAAAGGUUUUAUAUAUAUAUAUAUAGUUACAAAAAAGGCAAGUAGAAAAAAAAUGAUAUUUAAAUUUGCCAAAUACACACACAAUUUCUUCCUAUAGGUACUAAGAGAAUUAUUAUUCUAAACUGCGUCGAACGAACAUGCUAUAGAAGUGUGUCGAAUUUCGUGCAAUAGAGCCUACAAUAUACAAUAUCUAAUUUUUUUCCGGUCUCAUCGAAACGUCUCUUGUUCUUUCAUCUUUGUCGUUGAACAAGUUUGUUUGUGUUGAAAGAAGAAAUAUUCCUUUUGUCGUUCACACGAGACACGUACAAAAGUACUAAGGUUAUACUAAAGAGCUUACCAUUACUCUAAUCGGAUUAGAUAGGAAAAAUGUAUAAAAUAAUAACGACUGUUCGCCUCUUCUCAUAAUACUUUUUUUUUUCUAUUUGUUAUCAUUUGUGCAGACUAUUUUACUUGUAAAUUUUAUAUAGUCGUACGUACGCGUACACACGGAGAGAAAGAGACAGAUAGAUAGAUAGAGAGAGAGAGAGAGAGAGAGAGAGAGAGAGAGAGAGAGAAAUUUCACCGUCUAAACGAUCUAUAUGAAUCACUGCCGAUAAAAGAAAUAUCGUUAAACAGUCAGGACGGUAAAUUAAAUAACGCGCUUCGCGUGAACUCGUUCGAACGCUUCGUUUUUUAAAGAGAAGAUAAGAUAGAAAAAAACGUUCCUCAGGUAACGAAAUAACUGUUUUUUGCAGAAAAUCAUAGAACUAUGAUAUUACAUACCUUCAACGCCGUGAUGGAUUUCGUGUUCAUCAUUAAAAGUAUCUACUUGUUAUUUAUUUCGUGCCGUUUAAUAAAAGUGAUACGAUAGAUUUGUAUAUACGCGUAUUCGUAUGCAGAGUGAAUCAUCUUCAAUUUGGAUAAUGCCUUGAAAAUGUUUCGUCGUUUAAAAAAAAUUGAUGCAACAGGUAUUUAAAGAUGUCAAGGUAUUUAAAAAGGUCGGAUGAUUCGUUUUGUAUAACGUGAACAAUGCUCUUGUAAAUAUCGAGUUGUACGAUUGUAGCCAGAAAGAGAUAAAAUGACGAAAUCGAUUUAUAUUGUAGACCUUUUUUUUCUUUUUUCAUUUUUUAGAGAGAGAAAACUACGGAAUACGAUAGAAAUGGAAUUUGUAAUAAUUGACAAACGUUUCUUUUCGAUUGACUUUCUUUAACUGCUCUUUUCUGAUCUUCCGAUAAGAUAAAGUGAAAAAUAUUUUAGUUACCUACGUUUUAUGCAUUUUACCAUAAUACAUAUGUAAAGUAUAUGCGUAAAUUAAUAAAAUUAUAUAUGUAUACAUAUAUGUAUGUAUGCACGCAUGCAUGCAUGUAUGUAUAUAUAUAAAAUGGCAGAUAGAACGAACGAUACACACUAUGCAUGCUGCGAAAAUCCGUUCAUUGUUUAAACAUGCCCUUCUUAUUCUCGUUGAAACGCACUAGUCACACGUAUCGUAUACUAUAACCGGUAUAAUAAACACUGUCGAAAAUACUGCAUCGUAUAUGUAUAAAGAAAAAGAGAUGCAUUUAUUAAAUACUACUUAUAACACGAUUACGAUUAAUUUCUUCGAAACGCUUGCUAUAUUUUGAUGGAAAAAGAAAGCAUUUAGGCAUCUCUUAUAUUUUUAUAUCUCAAAUACACGCAUACUUCCUUUUUGCAAUGAUAAAAAUAAUAGAUUUUCGGUAGCACUUCGCGAACUUGACAAGAGGAGAUGAGAAGGGAAAAAUUCUGUAAUAAUUUUUCUUUUUCCAUUUCAAUUUUCUUCCAACAAAUUAACCUCGCAUAACUUUAGCAAAUAUCUAAAAAAAAAAUUAUUCUUCGAUCUUCAAUCGGCUUUUUGCUUAAAAAUUAUGAAAAUAUGUAAAAUCGAAAGCAACCGAUAAGAGUCACACAUCGAUGAAGGAUGAAGGAUUAAACGUGAACUAGCACAAACUACUGAUAAUUACCUACUUAAUAUCAAUGAAUAAAAAGAAUGAAAAAGGAAUGGCUCGUAAUGUACAUAUUUCUUUCAUAGUCUUUAAUUGCCAUUUCAUAAGCGGCGAUAUUUGGUUUUAUUUUUAAACGAAUGAAAUAAUAACUUAUCACGGGCGCGCUAUACUAUUACGAUAAUGACAACGUUCUACAAAUGUAAGAUUUUAGAAUUAGAUUCAUACGAUUACGUUUAAAAGUCGGUGAAGAAAUGAUUUUAUCUGAGCCAAUAAACUUUAUAGCGUCCUUCGAGAUAUAACGUAUAUCUAUAUGUUACAUCUACGAUAACAUAUAACGUUGUAGAUUAAAUGAAAAAUAUUUUCCCGCGAAAUGCGGGAGCCUAUCGUAAUAUGAAAAAUAGAUCUUUUGCAUUGGAUUAUUUUCAAAUGGUGCACGGUCGUCUUCUUCUCUGGUAUAAAAAAAAAAAAGAAAAAAAAAAUACGAAUAAUUUUGUAACACAUAGUACAUUUGUAAAUAGCUACAUAUUUCCGUAAAAACAAGCACACACACACACACACAAUCGCGAUUCGUGUUACAAAAAAAAUCGAAAAAGAAGAAGCGACUUCCUAUGAUAUAGAAAAAUAUUAAAAUACAGAGCCGACACACACAAAUUUACGUACAGGACGCAGAGUCACAUGCACAGACUCGUACGUAUACAUUGUUAUUUAGUUUUGCUGCUAAUAAGUCUUAAUUUUACACUUAAGGCUUGCAUUAUUAUAUAAGAAAAGGGUGAGGUUAACGGUUAAUAAAAACAAAAAAAAAAUAAAAUAAAAAAAUGUGUAAGAAAUGCGUGCGCAUACACACACACACAAGCAGACUGCUGAAAAGAAAUGAUUAUAUAUACAGGCAACCCUUCUAUAAUACGGUUAAUUUGUACCGUUGCCUGUACAUACAAUGCAUAAAUAUUAUACACAAAUAUACACACAUUAUAUAGAGAACUUAUACGGUCUCAGUGUGUAAAGUUAAUUUCGCGGUGAUGCCACUCUCCGAGCGAAAAUUACGACGACCUCUAUUUGUUUAUUUAACUUGUACGAAAAGCGAAGGGAAGGAGAAAAAUAAGAGCAAAGUCACGAAUCUCCGGCAAAACGUUUGAAUCAACUGCCUUGAGUUUGUACAGAUACUGUCCCCCCUCCCCUUCUCCCCCACCCUACAUCGACUUUUCUUCUCUCUGCUCUCAUUAUUACGUACUUUCUAUCGUUGUAUAUAUCGUAUUUUACUUCAUCGAUUCCUUGCUCUCAUUUAGUAGUAUGUUUGUGUAUAGGUAGUAAAUCAUUUUCUUCUUUCUAAUUUCAUUCGUAUUAAUUGUACGUGUACGUCAAUUAGCAUUUCGUUAAAUAACGAUAUAAAUAUUUGACUUUUUUCGGCGAGUUAUCAUCGAAGGAAAAAGAAAAUAAACGGUAAAGCUCGACUCGCGGAAUUAACGUUAUCCUCUCGAUCCUUCGUAGAAUCGUACGGAAAUAAACAAAAUAAAUCGCGGACAACUCGUGGUUGUGAGAAUUUUGUUAAAUAUUCAACGGGAACAGAGUAGUUCGCAUAAACGUAUGUCGCGCAGUAUUCCGAGAACGGAAACAAUGCACUAUCCGGUAAAGAGGAAGAAGAAGACAAAGAAAACUUGCAGAUAAAGUUUAAUCGUAAACGAAGAAAAGAAAAACAAUAAUAAUAAAUAAAGUAAAACGCGCAGCAGGUUUUCGUUCGUGCAAUUGUGCCUUCAAUCGAGAUUUUACUUGCGAAUACUCACGAACAGGUCGUACCAUCUUCCACGUUUCAAUUUUCAGUGUUGUCGAAAAUGCGGGAAGAAUAUUAAAAAAUAUACUUGAUGCAGCUUGCGUGAGAGAGAAAGAAAGAGUCGAGGAAAGAACGAGAAUAGUAGGAAACGUUUCGCGACGAGUGAAAAAAAGAAAAAAGAAAGAAAAGACGGGGAAACCAUAAACAGGCGGAGAAAGAGAGCUAGUUAGUAAAAUGUAUAGAAAAUUGUUAGAAAAAGAGAAAAAACACUGUUGUCGACCUUUACGUUUGGCGAAAUUUUCAAAUAUUUUUUCAAACGUAGGUACAACAUAGCCCGUAUACAAUGAUUGAAAUAACGGAUCAUAGGCGUACGUAUUUGUUAUUACGAGAUAUGACUCGAAUUGCGAUCCCUCGUUUCACGAUAAUUAAUAGUCAUGUCAGCCAUGUACAUAUAGUUAUACGAUAAACAUACUUAACGAUAAGACUUAGAUGCUGCGUUAAAUUAAAUUAAGCUAGAAAAGGCAGUUUAAACGAUAAUAAUAAUAACAGUUAACGACCAUAGAUCGACUCGGUGGAUCGAACGAUGCGUGUGGGUGUGCGUGCGUUUAAAUCUGACGAUAAUACGUGACGUAUGAAUGAAUUUUGAAUCUUGUACGCGUAACUGGAAGUUGUAACGUUUGUGAAUAUAUAAAUAAUAAAAAAGCCAAAAAAACCGA